ACAGUCAUUGAUGUUGCCUGCAUGUCUACUGUAUUAUAAGUGUUCUCUAUGCAUUCAGACAGUGGUUACUGGACUAACAGUGUAUGUCCUACUGUGUUGGAAAAUAUUGGUGACCAAAGAUUGCUAUGAUUCGUGUUUUUCACGAGCUGUUUAUGUAAUUGAAGUUUCUUGGCUCUUUACCUGAGAGUUGUAAACUGGAUCAUGGGCUCCGAAGACGCACUCAGGAGUGCAUCAACUCUUGCAUCGUACAACGUCCUGCUUCAGGCUAUGUUCCGGGUGCUUACUUUCUUCCUGAACGCGUUCACACUGCGCUUCGUGUCCAAGGAGUUAAUAGGCGUGGUAAACGUAAGGUUGACGCUGCUGUACUCCACACUGGUUUUCCUGUCCAGAGAGGCGUUCAGGAGGGCGUGUCUAAGCGGAGAAGGGGCGGGGCGUAAUUGGAGACAGGUUAUUAACCUGUUAUGGCUUACGUUGCCACUUGGCUGUCUCUGGGGUGUGUUACUGGUGUGCGUGUGGCUGUGGCUACUGCAGGCUCCAGACCCUCACACUGUCCCACAUUAUGGACCUGCUGUGGGACUCUUCUGCAUGGCUGCUCUAACCGAGUUGCUCGCUGAGCCUCUCUGGGUUCUUGCUCAUGCUCAUAUGCUUGUUCGCUUAAAGGUGAUUGCAGAAAGUCUAGCAAUAAUUGCAAAGUGUCUUGUCACCAUGAUGAUGGUGGUUUCUGCUCCCCAGUGGGGUCUCUAUAUAUUCUCUGCUGCCCAGUGUGUAUAUGCAGGGUGCUUGUGUCUUUGCUACAUUGCCUACUUCAUGCAUUUCCUGGGUUCCGAGGAAGCAGAGAAGAAGCUCUUUCCGCUGCGCCACAUCUCAGAGCUGCUGCCCACCAGAAUGAACGGACAGCCACUGAUUAACUGGAAGCUCGCCACACUGACUUGGAGUUUCUUCAAACAAUCUUUCCUCAAACAGAUUCUCACAGAAGGUGAGCGUUACGUGAUGACCUUUCUGAAUGUACUAAAUUUUGGAGACCAGGGGGUGUAUGAUAUAGUGAAUAAUCUUGGCUCGAUGGUGGCUCGGUUUCUCUUCCUCCCUAUUGAAGAGAGCUUCUAUGUAUUCUUCGCCAAGGUGUUAGAGCGCGGACGUGAUGUACAGCAUCAGAAACAAGAGGAGGUCUCUAUUGCAGCUAAUGUACUGGAAUGCCUGCUGAAGCUGGUUUUUCUGAUUGGUCUGAUUAUCACUGCAUUUGGUUACUCCUACUCCCACCUGGCCCUUGAUAUGUAUGGAGGGGAACUUUUGAGCAGUGGAACAGGUCCCUCUCUUUUACGCUGUUACAGUUUUUACGUAAUGCUUUUAGCUGUUAAUGGUGUAACAGAGUGUUUUGUUUUUGCUGCCAUGAGUAAGGAGGAGGUAGACAGGUAUAACCUAGUUAUGCUGGGACUAUCCGCCUCCUUCCUGGUGCUUUCCUAUUGGCUGACUUGGCUGUUUGGGGGCGUCGGCUUCAUCCUAGCAAACUGUUGCAACAUGGCUUUGCGAAUUAUCCAUAGCCUUAUUUACAUACACCACUACUUCAAGCACAGUGACCACACCCCUCUGUCAGGUCUCCGCCCACAUCCUGUACUCUUAAUUGUCCUCACAAUAAGUUCCAUCCUGACAGCCAUCUCCGAGCGUACACUGUGUUGUGACAGUGGCUGGCUGCUGAGGCUGGUGCACAUCUCCAUCGGAGCAGUUUGUUUACUGGUUGUAGUCAUAGUGGUGUUUCUUACAGAAACGAGACUUGUUCAGUUCAUCAGAACUCAGCUACUACCCAAAUACAGCAAAAAACACACAUGAGCUUACCUCAUCAAACAAUCAACGGGACCUGUCAGUUUGGUGCUGGACCAUGUAUUGCCUUGAUGAAUUUAGGCAUCUGUCAGAACUAGGCAAAUAAUCCACAAAUAUCCACAUUAUAAUUCUUUGCUUCAGGGUGGUUGCUGUGUUUAGAAACUUGUAUGUUGUUUUAUUAUGGGAAUAUUAAAAAACAUCAAUUUCUAUUUUAAAAUCUGAUGCUACAAAAUGUACUAUUUUACAAGAAGUUUGUGUUUACAGUCAGUUUUGUGUUUACAGUCAAUACGAAUGCACUUUUUCCUUUUUAGACAUUAAGAUAUCCCAUCUGUUACAAAGGCAGGAUUAUGGAAAUUAAAAAACAAAACAAAAAAACAUUCUAUCUUGAGAAAUGUUUAAUAGAUGGACACUGUUGUGGGUAUUACAACGAAUAAUAUAAAUGGUUUAUGACAAUGUAGUUGAUAUUUUUUUAAUAAUACAUCUUUUGUUCUUACCUAAUAACAGUUUAUUAUAAUUAUGAUGAUAUUAUAUUCCACUAAGUCCCGGAUAUUUAUAAUAAAUUAUAAUUCAGGUAAUAAUUACCUAAAUUGAAGGAGCAGUUUGUAAUUUUUAGAGCCUGCUGCUGCCUGUGAUGCCAACUCCAUUGGAAACAUUGACAUUGCCUUUCUCCCAAUCACCUGCAUGCAGUUUGGUGAAAUGACAUAUGAAUUGUAAGUCACCUUAAAAGAAAAAGGCACUGAGCUGAGAAGUUGAGAAGCUGCUGAUGGUGGGAUUUGAGACUUGAGGGACUUGAGCCAGAAAAGUGACAACAUAUUGCAAAUGUCAUCUUUCUAAAGUAUCUUGAGCAUUAAAUUAUUAUUACAGGUUUAUAAACACUUACAAAUUACAAACUGCACCUUUAUUAAAGAUAUGGGCUACACCAUACAAUGUAUUACUGGGAGCAAAUUGUGACAUUUUGUUAGAACAUUUUGUUAAAAUAAUUAAAUUGUUCAUAUCAA